AUGCCGAAGCCUCGUCGCGAGUCCGGCUCGAGGGCCGAUACACGCCCAGCCUUCAACCGACCGCCCGGAGUGCGAGGCGCCCCGAUACCAACGCCAACACAAGACGAACCACGCACGCCCAAACGCACGGCUAAAGAGAAAGCAAAAUCCUCACCUGCCCCGUCACCCUCACCGGAGAAGAAACCCCGACGUCAGAGCGACCGACACAGAUCAGCCAGCGGAACAGGCGCAGGCGGUGGCGGUGGAACCAGACAGAGCCCGCGACGAGAUGGCGAGCACGAUCAACAACGGGAGCGUCAACGCGAGAGAGAUCGCGAGAAAUACAGUUCGGGCACAUCGACGGAUAGCGCCAGUCAUCUGCUGAGUUCGGGUGCGCUGGCGAAGCUGAAUAACUACAAUCAGAAAGCGGAGUUUCAUGAGAAAUACGAGGCGCAGAAACAGAAAAAGAAACAGUACAAAAGCGACUUGAAGGCCGCAGAGGUGUCGCAGCGGAAGAAGCGGAAAAAGAGUCGUAAUGUCAGCGGUGCGAUUCUGGAGGAGGGACGAGGAGGUGGGGAGAAACGUGUGCAUCGGCGUGGUGGUGGAGGAGGUGGUGGAGGAGGUGGUGGAGGAAAGUACUAUGGCGAUGAGAACGAUGACCGACGGAGGACGGGGAAUGCGAAGGGAGGAGGCGGCAUGUCGAAGAAGAAGUUCUGGUGGGUGGUGAUUCUACUGGUCGUGCUGCUUGCUAUUUUCAUCCCUGUGGGAGUCGUCGUGGCCAACAAUAGCAAGAAAUCCAGCAAUGGCUCGUCUUCGUCAUCUUCGUCAGGAUCUGGAUCUGGAUCUUCUGGGUCUGGUGGAGGAUCAGGCUCAAGUCCCAGCAAUAAAUGCGACUCCGGGUCUGUACCUGCAAGCGCAAAGGGAACAUAUACGGAUAUCUCAACAUGGAUGGAUACCGCCGAUUUCAACUGCACCUACACGGAAGAGACGAUAGGAGGACUAUCAGUCAUGGGUCUUUACUCCGACUGGGACGACUCGAAGCAAGCCAACGACAACGUCCCGGCUUUGGAUGAGAAAUGGGAAUAUGGCAAAAUGCCCAUCCGGGGCGUCAACGUCGGCGGCUGGUUCUCUCUCGAACCUUUCAUCACACCCUCCAUGUUCAACUAUCCCGCCUCCGCCAACGUGGUGGACGAAUACACAUUAACAGCGAAACUCGGCUCCUCGGCACAAAGGGUCCUCGAAACACACUACGCGACAUUCAUCAACAAGCAGAGCUUCAUCGACAUCAAAAACGCCGGCCUAGACCACGUCCGCAUCCCCUUCCCCUACUGGGCGGUGACAACCUACGACGGGGACCCAUACGUCGCCAAAGUCUGCUGGCGCUACCUCCUCCGGGCGAUCGAAUACUGCCGCCAAAACGGGCUUCGUGUCAAUCUCGACCUGCACGCCGUGCCGGGCAGCCAGAACGGCUGGGCACACAGCGGACGACAAGGCGACAUUGGGUGGAUUCUCGGACCCAACGGGGCGACCAACGCGCAACGCUCGCUCGACAUCCACAACCAACUAUCGACCUUCUUCGCGCAAGACCGGUACAAGAACGUGAUCACGAUCUACGGCCUGGUCAACGAGCCGAAAAUGCUCGUGAUCCCACCGACGUCGGUACUCGAAUGGAACAAGAAAGCCAUCGCCAUCAUCCGCGGCAACGGGAUCACGCAACAGCUGGUCUUCGGCGACGGCUUCCUCAGCCUCGACACGUGGGACGACAUGUUCAAGGACGUCGACUCGAACCUCGUGAUGGACACACACCAGUACCAGAUCUUCAACGUGGGCCAGCUGAAGCUCAAACACCAGGACAAAAUCAACCUGGCGUGCUCCGGCUGGACGGGCAUCAUGGUGACGGCGAACAACCCGGCGACAGGCUGGGGCCCGACGCUCGACGGCGAAUGGUCGCAGGCCGACACCGACUGCACGCCGAACCUGAACGACGUCGGGCAGGGGUCGCGCUGGGCCGGCACGCUCGACACGGGCGACCCAGAGACCAGCGUGCUGACGCCGUCGUGCGCCAGUCCCCCGUGUUCCUGUGCCAACGCCAACGCCGAUCCCAAGGAUUACUCCGCCGACUACAAGCAGUUCCUGCAGCUGUAUGCCGAGGCCCAGAUGCACAGCUUCGAACAGGCCUGGGGCUGGUUCUACUGGACCUGGAAGACGGAGAGUGCCGUCCAGUGGUCCUGGAUGUUGGGCAGGCAGGCUGGCAUCUUGCCCGAGAAGGCCUACGCCCCGGACUUUAAGUGUGAUUCUGAUGUGCCGGAUUUCAGGGGCUUGGGCGAUAGUUAUUGA